CCCUUUUUCUCAAGAUACCACGAUAAGAUUGUUCUUGUGGGAGAGCCGACAGGAUCCUGGAGAGGGAAGGAUUAAGUCACCGGUCGAACUGGCCAGUUCAUUCUCACACCUGGUCUCGUGGAGAAGGUCAGUUUAAAUAUUUCAAAAUGUAUUUAUUCAAAGGAAAAUUGUAUAUUACGCUCAGUGCGGUUUUCUUCGCACUAUUUCUCGCGGUUUUAGGCCAGAAAGAAACGAAAGUAGCUAUAGUAAAUUCGACGAGCAUAGAAAACGUCAAGAUGCACAUACCGCCUGAGGAAAGAUCGGGUUCUGUUAUGUACGUGUACGCCAGGACGGGAAGCGUCGAUCUUCCAUAUCCUGCGGCGAAGUCCGAACACGCCAAACCUCUUGACAGCAUGGUGUCCGCCAAUGGGACAGAACUGCAUGAAAGUGUGAACAAAACUGAAACUGACCAAGAAAUGGUUCACCUCGAAAACAUGGUGUCCGUCAAUGGGACAGAACUGCAUGAAAGUCUGAACAACACUGAAAAUGAUCUAGAAACGGUUUACCUUGAAAGCAUGAACAGCACAACUGAAAACUCAACAUCCACAUAUGAAAAAUAUUGUGUAGUCAGGGUGGAAGAAGAUGAAACGAUAAAAUACUACGAAGGCACCAUGGAUGAACUCAGGGACAUGGGGAAAAACGUACUAGAUUUAUUGUGCGAAGGAGAUAGCGGUCCUGAAUUAAAAGCCGUCAGUCGAGGAGCGCUUGCCAGCUUGGUCGGCGGUUAAAGGUCUACUUAGAGAAAAUAAAAGCACCAGUGUAAAAUUCGACUGUUAAUUAUGUUAAUCUGUAAAUAAAGUUUUGGAUAAUUGAAAUAGUAGAAAA